AUGGAACCAAUUGGAAGCGACGAUGCAAAGAUCGAAAACAGAGACGCUCGUCGAGGACUCGAUCCGCCCUUUGUCUCUAGUACCCUCUAUACCCUCUCGAGAGACGUUGUCACUUUCUUGACAUACCCCGGUCCCCGUGUCUUCACCAAGAACGAGGCCCAAAACGUCGGCAACUGGCUCUACUCCUUCGACCUCAAGCCCAUCCACGACAGGCGCAUCCAACAAUGGGACGUUUGCGAAAACGACAUGAUUGCAAAACGCUUCAGCGACUCCUUCAAGCCCCUCGAAUCCAUGGAAGACAUGUACAAGAACGUGCAGGAGGGCCGACCCCUUUGCACGGGUUUCCGUCAGGAACGCUGUGCGCCGUGCUAUUCCUGUAGCAACCGACUGGGACACUGGAGAGAUCGCGGUCUGAGCUGCGACAGCUCCCAAGGUAUCUCGUUGAUCCGCAGCGACUCCAGCGACCUCGGCUCAACCGUCAACCUUAGGGAUCCUAUGCCAGGAUUGGCUGCCAAGCCAAAGUGGAUCAUCCCAGGAAUUUUGAGCGACACAAGCAGCAUCUACUCUGACACGGAUGAGUGGGUUCGACUUCACUGGGCUAUUUGGACGACCGACCCUGCCAAGACCUGGAAACAACGCCACUACCAGGCUAUCGAAACCGUCUUUGUCCACAACCCCAACGCUGUCCUUAUCAUUCUCUCCAACACCCUCCCAAGCAACUUCUUCUCAGCCUAUACCCGACAAGGCUACCAAAUUCACAUCAUGGCCGUCUCCAAGGAACUUUUGUUGCACCGAAAGUGGUUCUUCAGCGCGGAAACAGAGGAUUGGAUUCGCCGGUGGGAGGAGUGGUCCAAGAAGAGCCCCUAUUUCCCUAUCCAUUUGGCCGAUUAUAUUCGUCUCGUGGCGAUCUAUAAGUAUGGAGGUCUCUACAUGGACAUGGAUGCCCUCUGGGUUCGUGCCCCCGGCGACAGCACAACAGAGUUCAUCGGAUCUGACAUUUCGGAUACCGAGAGUGAUCACGCAUGGAGUCUGGACGCCAACAACACCUAUCUAGCGAACGGAGUGAUGCGAUUCCGACGUGGUCGAACCAUGUUUAGGGAGAUCGCAGAGAACUCCUUCACAGCCGCAAAGUACGACCCCAAGUGCUUCAACUGCGGCGGCCCCAAGGCCUUCACAACAUAUGUGAAGACUCGCCGAUCCCUGCUCGAGACCAAUGGACUCCACAUUUUGCCUCGGGAAGCACUCUACCCUUAUAACUGGAAGGAGAUUGUGCCUGCACUCAGGAAAACCAACAGGGCCGAGGACGAUGUUCUCCGCAUCGAGGAUCAUAGUCUUAGUAUCCACCUCUACGGUAAAGUGACCAGCGACUCGGAUAUCGAGGAGGGCAGUGUCGUCGGAGCAGUGCUCAAGAUCUGGGGUCUGGACCUUUCACCGCCAUUCCAGUCCAACCCAGGAAGCCCAAGGCUGCAGGGACCCAAAAUCAUGUACUAUCAGGUCCCCUCCACUCCUUCCGAGUCCGAGUCCAGGAGCACAGUCCUCGAUAAGGUGCCCGGAUCAUUCAAGGGCAUUUACGCGGUGUUUGUUCGCGGAGGACGGUCGGCCGAUGGGUUUAUUACGAGAAAGGCGUCGAUCCUGAUCACUGUCAAGGUGGGAGCCAUUGCCAUGGAUGCACAGGGAGCAGGGACGAAGAGGAUCCAGAUGGAUUUGGGUCAGUCGAUUACGAUGGCUCAGCUGAACCUGGCGUUGUCGCGGUUACGGUACAUCCCUCCAACAAGCGCAGGAUGGGACGGCGCAGACGACAUCAAGAUCCAGGUGGAGUUUGGACUUAUGAUAGAACAGCUGGUUAUCCCAGUCAUCCGGAGGGCCGCCACAAAACAUGCAUAA